AUGGCGGUGAAUUCCACUGGACUGGACGUAGCCAGCGACCUGGCGGAGCUGGGAACCCUGCAGGAGGCUUUCAGCAACAGCUUCCUGAUGAUCUUGGUCACCGAGCUGGGUGUGGCCGAUGCGCCCCUUGACGUUUGGAUUCCUGGGACGAUGCCAGAUGCUCCGGCCAUGCCCAGGCAAGUGCUUCGGAGCUCCUUCGCACACGAGCAGUCUGGUGGUGGCACCACAGAUGUGAGACGGCCCAUACGCCCGGAUUCGCAGGAUUCUGCCGACUUGGAUCCCAUCCUGGCCCUUGAUGACUUCACCGUGGCACUGCCAGACGGAUUUCCAGAUCAUGCCCAUCGUGGCUUUAUCACCAUGACCUACCUGCUGCCGUCUUCUCCGGGAGCCCUCUCCCACGAGGAUUUCCUAGGCAAUGCCGGCAGUCUUCAGCCGGGCGACGCACAGUGGAUGACCUGUGGACGUGGGAUCCUACACUCCGAGGUGCCUGAAAGCCACUUCUUCGCACGGGGGCUCCAGAUGUGGAUCAAUCUGCCUGAACAGGAGAAGAUGGCUGCUCCUGGGUAUCUGGAGCAGCCUCGAGGCACGCAGCUGCGGGUGGCCGCCCAAGGCGGUGGGGGAAACAUCACCGCGGCCGUCCUGGCCGGGGAGGCUUUGGGACACGGCCCAGUUGAGGGCCCUCGCCAUGGCCCGGAGCUGGCGGUCCACUUCACCAUGGAGCCGUUUGCGCUCUUCCAUCAGUCCAUUCCAGAAGGGCAUUCAGCCUUCAUCUACAUCCUUCUGGGCCAAGUGCUGGUUGCGGAUGUGACUGCAGAUGCGAACCAUUGCCUUGUCCUCACCGCUGCUCCUGGGGAAGAUGGUGUUACGGUUCGCACGGAAUCUUCCGAAGCUUCCUUCUUCCUCUGUGACAAGACAUUCUUCAUUGCUGCGCUGCUCGCGAUGAGACAUGACCGGCUGGCUGUCUUCUUCGGGUCUGCAGGUGCACUGGCUGCGAUGACCGCCUUGAGUGCCACCAUCGGCCUGGUCCUCCCCAAGUUGAUGCCCAGAAAGUACACCCAUUGGGCCGCAGUGGCGCUCUUCGUGUACUUCGGUCUGAAGCUCCUUUGGGAGGCUCUUCAGAUGUUGCGCAGCGGAAGUGGUUGUGGGCCCAGCGAAGAGCUGGAGGAGGUAGAGCAGAGCCUGAAGGAGGAGAGCCCCAAGGCAAAGCAGACCUGGGCCGUGGCUGGCCAGGCGCUGACUUUGACCUUCUUGGCCGAGUGGGGUGACCGCUCCCAGAUCUCGACCAUUGCCCUGGCUGCGGCGAAGGACCCUCUGGGCGUGACGCUGGGUGGCAUAAUCGGCCACUCGUGCUGCACGAGCCUCGCGGUCCUGGGGGGUCGUGUCCUGGCCGAGCACAUCUCCGAGCGGAUGGUCGUCACCGCCGGCGGGGUUCUUUUCCUUUGCUUUGCCCUGCAUGGAGCGAUUGUCGGCUCGGACUGA